CGUACUGUGCAACUACCAGCAAGUUGCUCGCUUAGCCCUUAACGUUCCAGCACUCGAUCCACCAUGAGCUCCUCGCUGACCGGUAAACUCAAAGCCUUUAUGUUUGGUUCGCCUAAUGGCACAAAUGUAUACCAGAACCUCGAAACUGCUAACGUCCCAGUAACGACCGCCGAAUGCAGGUCUUGCGCCGACCCUUGCGAUCAGGAUCACGAUGACUUUCCCAGCAGAAUGGAUAUCGACAUGGACUCGGACAUGUUAGGAUCGGUGAAGCCCUACCGUCGACAGGUGGUCAUAUCAACCGGCAAGACAGACUGGGAGAGCGAAGUGACCAAAGCUGAAGGCACGCUCGCUGCCUUGUUGAAAACUGCCGAUUCUUCAUCAAGCACUCCAAAGAAACCAAAAUCCACCAACGAUCCCUUACCAUCUGGUCUAUUCUCCCAUGCCGAAGCAAAAAAGCUCGCCAUUCUCAACGGAAGUCAUAGGCCUUUCUCUCAUGACGAGUCGGAAGAUACUGUGAUCGUGCUUCCAGACUUUAUGGUCGUAUCUGGAGUCCCACGCACUUUGGCGGGCGCUGAGGCGUUGUGGAAGGCUGCUCUUGAUCCAGCUCUCGAUCGGGUAGGGGUAACCACCCGGACGGACAGUCUGAAUACUUGGGUUUUGCCUUACUCGUGUCUGAUAUUACUGUGCUCGCACAAGAGACGAGACAAACGAUGUGCCAUUGCAGCACCAAUAUUAGAGAAGACCUUCCAUCAAUACCUUGAGCGAGAAGGCUGGGAAGUCCACACCGACCUGUACGAUCUCACUUCCGAACCUUCCCUUGAGUCACAAGCUAGCUCAACCACCGAGAAAGAACAAUUAAUCGAGACUCAACUCAGAUCUCUCCACGCCGAGCACAGGGCGCUGAUAUUAAUGAACUCGCAUGUAGGCGGACAUAAAUUCGCAGGCAACUGUAUCAUCUACACUCCUCGAGGAGCUGGUGUAUGGUAUGGGCGUGUCACGCCCCAUGAAGUAGAAUCGAUCGUCAAGCACACGAUUAUUGAUGGUCAAGUCCUUCCAACUAUCUUGCGUGGUGGGGUUGACCUCCCCUGCCGCGGAAAAAAGACCCUGUAUGAUUGGUGACGAAUCUAUCCCUACUUAGAUAUCAAUGAUAAAUGCUGUAAACCUGCUGGCGGAAUUUACACAUGUCCCACCCAAACGACG